AUGUCAGCUGGAACACCAGCGACGUGGUCUUACAUCUUAAUAAGGUUGCUCUUCAAGUUCGUCCUGAAGAUAUUCUACGGCACCAUCGUCAUAGAGAAUGCCAACCUGAUACCGGAGGACGGGCAUCCAUGCAUCGUCACCGCCAACCACUCCAACUCCCUCACGGAUGCACUGCUUAUGGUUACGUCCCGGCGGAAGAUGCUCCGCCUCACAGCCAAGGCCACGCAGUUCGGCCGCGGUACCUUCACCAGCUGGCUCAUAGAGUCCGCUGGGACGGUCCCUCUCAAGCGCGCUAAGGACUACCCGGACGGCAAGGUCGACAACUCGGAGGUCAUGCUCAAGUUGAUGGAGGCGCUUGAGGCGGGGGACGCCGUCUGCCUCUUCCCGGAGGGUAUGAGUCGGUAUCAUCCGUCGAUCGCGCCUAUGAAGACUGGAGUCGCUCGCCUCGUCUCGGACGUACUGUCGCGCAAUCGCGAUGAUCCUGACUUCAAGAUAUCCAUCCUCCCUUGCUCGGUGACUUACAUGCAUCGGCAGCACUUCCGCUCGGACGUCCUGGUCAGCUUCCACGAGCCCAUGACGUUCCGGCCCAAUGAAGACCCUGAGCUGCUUGCGCCUGUGGACUUCACCAACAUCCGGGAGCUUACCGCCAAGCUGCACAACACCAUCAGUUCGGGCACGCUGGAUGCACCGUCAUGGGACAUGGCACGGACUGCGAAGCUUGCCGCACGCAUCUACGCGCCGCUCGGCACGCAAAUGAGCCUCGGCGAGUACGUGCGCGUUACACAGCGGUUUUUGGACGCGUUCAAGUCGAAGGAAGUGAUGGCCGAUGAGCUCGACGACCUGCAACAUGAUCUCAAGGUAAACUUUUUCUUUCUCACGCCGUUUCGUGAUUUCACCUCUUUACAGCUCUAUCAAGACCAGCUCGUCCAAUGGGGCAUCAAGGACGAUCGCGUCCGCCGCCCGCUACCGCGCCAUACUAUCCUCUACCGCAUGUCCAUCCGCCUCCCCUGGGCGCUCUUCCUCUUCCUCCUCUGCCUCCCCGGCCUCACGCUCUGGCUCCCCGUCUUCCUCGCCACCUUCAUCGCCGUGCACAACUUCAAGAAGACGGGCCCGAUCUUCGACACCUGGGACGAGAUCGCGCAGUACAAGCUCGUCUACGGCCUCUUCUCCGGCCUCGGCGUCUGGGCGCUCGCGGUGCUGCUCACGCUGCCGUGCGCGGCGCUCACCUUCGUCGCGGUGCCCGUGGUGAUGUGGAUGGGGCUGCGGUGGUUCGAGGACGCGGUGGCGUCGUUUAGGGCGUUCACGGCGCUGCUGAGGUUGCUGAAGGUUGGGAAGCCGACGCUGGAGGCGAUGCGGGAGCGGCGGGCGGGGCUGCACGAGCGAAUUAUGUGGCUGGCGAAGGAGAUCGAUCUGCCGGAGGAUCCGGAGGAGCACUUCAGGAGUGCAGGCGGGAGGGAGAAGGGGCGCAUCAUGGGUAAAUGGGACGCGAAGGCGAGGUACUUCUCGCUGAAGCGAAGGAGGAAAAGAGAUUGGAAUGAGACGCUCCGGCUGUAUGAUAAGGUGGACUAUCCUGCGGAGGACUACUAG